AUUUACAAUUGUACUGGAAUAUUCUAUAAUAAGUAAUGCUGCUUACUUAGCUUUUAUUUGGUCUGUCUGGUAUAAAAGAGACCCAAAAAAUAAUUAUAUAGACCUGACGUUACUACUAGCUGCAAACCUUAUAGGGCUUGUCUGCUGCAGCUUACAAGAAUUCUGCAACAAGGAUCAUCAUAAAAAAAUUAUUGUUCUGAAAUACUUUUUAAUGGAAUUAAUCAGCUGGUGUCGAGUGGUGAGGAUUCCUUUCCAUUAUGAGCGUAAUCUUGCUUGGUUGUCCCUGUUGAUAGUUUCAUUACUGGGAACCUGUGGCAUGUUGUUACACAUCAGAUAUAAAAAAUUGUGCUGGACAUCAUUAUAUUUAAUCUCUGAGGUCUUGGGUUUAUUACUGGCAGUCUGCUUUCAAUAUACAUUUCUGAAAACUGUAAAAGACCGGGAUGCUUGGAUCUGUAUGACUGUAUAUAUAUACAUUUUGGUUUUGAUGGAAGCUUUUAGCCACCCAGUUCAGUCAUCAGUUCAGUCAUCAGUUCAGUCAUCAGCUCAGUCAUCAGAUCGUAAGUUUGUGUACAUGUUUGGUGCAGUGACUCUGAUUAUUGUGAACACUGUUGCUUUGUUAGUCGAGCUGAUCCUAAAAACACGAAAUGGUGAACGAAAUGUGAAGGAUCUGACAGUUAUAGUUCUACCAUCUGAAAGUGUGUUUGCCGUUUGCUGUCUUAUAUUACAAAUAAAGAGUUACCUGCAUGAUCUAGCUGUAAACAGGAAUCAAACAAUCAAGAUGAAUGCACUUUAUACUGCAGCACCAACUGCACCUCAGAGUCUCUAGAGUGAGCUUGUGGUCUUUUGUGAUCUUAUUCAAGAUUCAGAUGUUUUAUGCCAUAACGCAAAGAAAAAAUGUGCAAAGUGAAGCAGCAUCUCCACUACAAGUCUUGAUUAAUGAUUUCAAUGAAUACGCUAGAAUUAUUCUUUAAUUACUUUAAUUUCAGUGGAUUUUGUUUCUAGAAGGCACAAAUGUUGUGGAUUUCUGUUAUUAGUCGUCAGUUAACUGUUAACCAUAACCAACCAGCAUUCCAUCAAAUAUAAAACACAUCACAGAGUUUCAUAUGAACAACUUUAUUCUUUAUUCAAUGUUAACAAUUCAACACAGUGAACGCAGCAGUAAUGUAUAAACAUAAACAAUAUGAGCAGGGCCAGUUCAGAGUUCUGAAUCUAGAUUUUAAACAGUAGCUGGUAGAUUUUUUUAUUACACAAAAUUAAAUAAAAGGACUUAAUAUAUAAGUAUCAUAAAGUUCACCUUAAUCACUUACUGUGAUAUUAGGACUUUAAAUUGGUUAUUAUACUGACUAAUAAACUUUAAUGUACAGAAUAUCAAAUAAAGUGGAUCUGAAGAACGUUUUAUAAUAAAAAAAAGUUCAUUUUUGCAAUUUUUGUGCAUUUUACUUAACAAUGUCCAAGACUGUGUUUGAUAUAACCUUGUGAACUGAUUAACCUUGUGUAAUGAGUAACUAUCGUUCCUGUCAUGAGUGUAGCCAAAGUGUAAAACAUGACGUUAAAAUCCUAAUGAACAAAUAAACACACAAAUUUAACAAUGUUGUUUAAAAUGGUACCAUGAGUAAGAACAAAACACUCUAUAACAGUAAAUAAGUGUAAAUAACUGCAUUGUGUAUGUAACUUUUUAAGUAGGAAAAGAAUGAAAUACGUGUGUAUUUCUAUUUCAAAUAAAUAUGUUAUCAGUCCAGUUGUGCUUUCUGAACGUUUUUAAUGUGAAUAGCAUUGUUUUUAUAACUAGCAGCUAAAACUGGUCAUGUUGUUGCAUUUGACAAACCCCAAGUUGGGAUAUUUUGUAAAAUACAAUAAAAACAGAAAUACGA